UUCAUGAGUUCCACAUCGCUGCUGAUUGCUUAUUACAUAAAGAAACCAAAAGUCCUCCCAUAUUCCCACACUUGUGAAGUCAGGAGGUCCUGCACAGUAAGUUUUCUUUACUAGCCUAUGUGGGGGAGAGAGUUGGCCUUUAAAAACAGCUGGUUAGCACUGACUAACAACAUCUUCCCAGGUUUGAUCAAAUUAACCCAGAUAUGAAAUCACGACUGUCUGCACAGCACACCCUGCAGAGUCAUGAUUACAUCCACCCCUUAACGCUGAGCCCUAAAUGUUUACUUAUGUUUCCUAUUUGGCAGAGGCAGCCCAAAAGGCAAAUAAAUCACAUGCUGUGAGCCGGCCAGGCCUUCGACUGUGAGAAACUGAGACUAAAAAGCAGAACAAGAGUUAAAGAGUAAAGGGUUUUCAGAUGUGAGUCCAGCCCAGCUUGGGUGUGCUCCCUUUUAUUUGGGAGAAUGGAGAGGACAAUCUUUGUUGCCUCCACCCCUUUAAAAAGGAAGAAAAUCCUAAAGAAACGUGUGUUGGAGAGGGGGAGAGCUGCUGCCAAGGCGCAGGGCAGUCAGACAUAACUUCGCAGAACAUCUGGUAACCGCGGGUAACACCAUUUGGACAUCUGGUAACCGAAGGUUACACUGCGUCUCUUCCACCCUGUCGGGUUUCCUGUUAUGCCUCGCUGUGCACAGUCUGAGAAGUUUAGGUUCAUUAUACAUGGUCGUCAGUUGGAGGAAACACACCUUUAUUCAUUUUUUCUGACAUGAAGGGAGCGCUUGGUUUCAUUGGGGUAUUCCUCUCCUUUCUCUCCGAUUCCAGUUGUGGAGACUCUAUCACAGUAUUUGGUUGCGGGAAUAAAUGUCAAAUCUGUCAAAACUAUCGCAAAGUCUGUGAGGAGCCUUUCCCCAUACCGCCAGUGGACUGCCUAUCUCUCCUGUUUGAGGUGGAAUGUUGGAAACCUUUUAAGCUGGCGAUGGACUCACUGAACAGCACUGACUGGUGCAUCUGGCAUAAUGUGAGAGGGGCGUAUAAUAACUUCAGCUUAUGCACAGAGCAAAUAUGUGACUGUCUUCUGAUCCCAUGGCCCAACAGUCUGGUGGAGCACAUCUUUGUGAAGAUCCACUCCAUGUUUUUCGAGGACUGUCCCACAGAGGAGCUAAGCGACCCACCACCAGGCAUCGUCUUUGCCCUGGUGAUAACGCCCAUCUGCCUGAUCCCGGUCAUGGUCAUCCUGGUGGUGCUCAAGACCAAGAAUGGGGAUGGCAGCUCCUGAUAGGCCUGGAUCGUUGCUCCACCCACGGCCUCCAAGAAUAUCACAUCUCUACCUACGCUCAACGCUCUCUCCCGACCUGACGACCGCAACCUAUUUACACAGGGGGCGGCAUGCUGUGCUUUCUUUUCACCAGUGACUGAAUCUCCCUGACAAGUUUACCUACACUUCACAGUCCUGAUGAGGCUCUGAAGUAUCUCUCACACUGACCACUUGUAUUCAGACGCCAUGCAGUAUUGCACUGAUUCCGAGUGGAUUAUGGCGGCUGUUCGGUGACAAAAUCCGCUGGGUUAACAGAGACUUAAUGUGACGAUUUUGAUAUGGUUCCUGUACCGUGCGUCGUCUCAUUUUGUGACAUAAAUCCGUGAUACAAGUGUUGCUUUGAACUCCCUGUUUCCAGAUCUGAGAGUGAACACUGAUCAUAUUGGUCAAAACAAACUGACACAUGAAACUGCCAAACUCGGAAAACAGUGCUUUGCAAAAAAACUGGAUCAGUCAUUUUUUUUGUUUGUUUUUUUGUUCUGCACUUUGUUAUUUCUCUCUUCAGGGUAUAUUUUACAAAAGCUCUCAAGCUUGCGAAAGCGAAAUACAUUCAUGUUGACAAUCCUCACAUUGUUGGGGCUCUCUGGUGGAGUUGAUAAAAGGCACAAAGUAAUUUUGACAAGCCGAAUUCCUGAACUCUUCAUACACGAUUCCUUUUUUACUGCCGUUCAAACUCUUUAGUCUGAGUGAUCAAUUAUUCAUAUGCAAAAUGCGCCAAAACAAAGCAGAAAACACAUUCUGCCUCAACUGGCGGCUUUGGUGUUUUUCAGUUCAUUAUGUGAAAUGAAUAUUUUGUCAGGCUUUGAUGUGUGAAAAGGGGUGCUCUCUGACUGCCACUGUAAUGUGUUGGUGAGGGAGGACAGGUCAGAGAGUAGGGAGGGUCUGGUGCAUGGAUUUGGUUAUGUGAGUCACGGCAAAUGGAAGGCUUGGGUCAGGGGUUACAGACAAGACACAAUGAGCGGGUCCGCCCAGAGUAGGAGAUCACUUUCCUGGUAUUGUCUAUUUUCUGAUCCCAGAGAAAUUCUUCAGCACUUUCCUCUGUCCAGACGAUGACAGCCCUCACCGUCCCAUGAUGAGCCGGUUGAAGCGCAGUCGACCUAAUAGAUCGAUCUAGCAUCAGAUUUCAGACAGAAGACAUUUUUUGCAUGUCUGUGCAGCGCAGCAAUAAACACUGACCGAUGACAGGAAGAUAAGAGUGUUAUCUUUUGCCUGAAUCAUGAUAACGUGGCUUUGUAUUGUUCAGCCUCGAAUGACAACAAAACAUUUCAUGUCAUUUCAUAUUUGGAAACAAAGAAAUAUAUGUGAAUGUAUAUAUUGUGCUAUAUUUCUGCCAUUGUUAUAACUAACUGGACUUACUGUACUGUCUGAGACAAUAUAGCCUGCCUGUUCUCACACUAUGUACUGUAUGUGUUUUAUUAUUGAUACAAUUCAACCUACAAUUGUAUUGUUGGGUUGUUGCUUACUUUUUCUGAUUUGGACCUUCUGGUGAAUAAAUUACUUACAAGUGGAAACCAUUUAAA